AUGGAUGACUUGAAUCAACAGCUUCAUGAGGCAGCCUCGAGGGGUAAAAUCAAAAGCGUUACAAAACUGCUACAACAGGGUUCCAACUUAAACCAGACGGACCCAGAUGGAAACACAAGUUUACAUAACGCGGUGAAGAAAGACCGUAGAACCGUCACUGAGUAUCUCAUAAACCAAGGUGCUGAUGUUGAGAAGGCGACUCCAGAUGGACAAACACCCUUACAUCUUGCUGCAUUACUCGGACGUCUUAAAGCAUCGAAAAUCAUACUCAGUCAUGGAGCUAAUAUGGAGAAAGAAGACAAGGACGGCCACUCUGCAUUACACAGCGCUGUAAGGAAUGGUCACCUUGAUGUCACCAAAUAUCUGAUCAGUAAAGGAGCUAUGGUGAAUAAGGGAAAUAAUGAAGCUGAGGUGAAUGGGGGAAACAACGAUGGAAGGACUGCAUUACGCAGUGCUGCUUUCAAUGGACAUCUUGAUGUCAUCAAAUUUCUCAUCAGUCAAGGAGCUGAUGUAAAUAAGGGAAGUAAUAAUGGUUGGACUGUAUUACACAGUGCUGCUUUCAAUGGUCAUCUUGAUGUCACUGAAUACCUGAUCAGCCAAGGAGCUGAGGUGACUAUGGGAAGUAAUGAGGGUUGGACUGCAUUGAACAUUGCUGCUUUCAAUGGUCAUCUUGAUGUCACUGAAUACCUGAUCAGCCAAGGAGCUGAGCUCGAACAUAAUGAUUUAACGGAUAUCCAUCUUGCUAUCCUUCACGGUCACACCUCUACUAUUGAGAAGUUAGUUUCUGAGGGAGCUGAUCUUAAUAUCCAGUCACCUGACGGACAGCAGUGUCUCCAUACAGCCAUUAAACUCUGCUACAACAGCGAGAAAAUUGUGCAAGAAACGGACACACUGAGAAAGAUCUCUGAUGAGUAUUACAAGGGCGAACUUUCUCCUGAGAAGGCAUUGGUGUUUUAUCUCCUAGAGAAUGGAGCAAAGUUAGAUGUGAGGGACACGACAGGCAACCUAGCAAUCCAAUAUGCCAAGGACGAAGUGGUCAAACAGAUGAUUUUGUCGAGGUGA